CGUACUCCGGCGCGUAUUGACGUCAACUUGCACAGUUUUCACAGUAGUUUUGCUAGCCUAGUGUGAGGGAGAGAUCGACAAAGGACUAUGGGUCAAGGCGACGGACAGGACGAGAGCGGAGGGGAGGGAGGGAGCCAGGCUGGAUCCACUGGCUCCAGGAAGUUGAUAGACCUUCGCGAUUGCCUCACCGAUUCGCCGAGAUUCAGACAUCGUCUUGCGGAUCACGAAGCAGAAGUUGUUGAUCUGGAGUCAAAACUUGAGAAAGUGGUGACAUCAUGUGACCGCAUGGUAAACAAUGGGCAGGCCUACGUGGAGGCAUGCCGCAGCUUCUCUUCAUGUGUCCGAGAACUGGCGGGCCAUUUUCACAACAAUUCAGUAGUAGAGCAAUCUCUAAGGAGGUUCUAUGACACUCUGGCAGAAGUCCAAUCAUUCCACAGUAUUCUUUUUGAUCAGGCUCAACGAAGUGUACACAGUGCUCUGAGAUCCUUUCUGACUGGUGAGCUGAAGAAGGUGAAGGACAUGAAAAAGACGUUUCAUAAAGUCAGCGAAGAGCUCAACAGUGCUGUUCACAGAAGUGCACACGCCCCAAAAAGUAAACCCCAGGAGGCAGAAGAGCUAAGCAGUCAGUUGGCUAACAUACAGACUCAGUUCAGCCACACUGCCAUUGACUACGGUUACCAUAUCAACGCCGUAUCCUGCCACAAAGGACACCACCUUCUCAACCAUCUCCUCUCCUACAUGCGUGCCCAGUACACCUUCUUCCACCAAGGCUACGACCUGCUACGAGAGUUUGACCCGUACAUGAGGCAUGUGCUAUCUCAAGUUGAUGAACUACAGAAGGCGGCCGAGGAGGACAUUUCUUCUAUGAACUCGAGGCAUAAUUUGGUCAUCCCUCAACACCUUAAGGAUGGGUCUCCAGAACAGCCUCUAAGACCCAUGGACAACCCUGCUGUGGCCAUAGAGUUGGAGGGAUAUCUCUUCAAGAGGUCCAGUGGUGCCUUCAAGUCGUGGAACAGACGGUGGUUUGUGCUCAGAAACAACCAACUCUGCUACCAGUCAGAGAAAACUGAGGAGCUGGUGGUGGUAGUCGAAGACCUACGUAUCUGUACAUUCAAGAUGGCCGAAGACCUUGAGAGGAGGUUCUGUUUUGAAGUGGUGACUCCGAUGAGAUCCAGCAUGCUCCAGGCUGACUCGGAGGCUCUGAGGAAGACGUGGAUGACUUACCUGGAGGGAGGGAUUGCUAGGGCUCUCAGGAUCUCUGCUAGUAACAAGAAGAAGGAUGAACACCAUGAGCUGAGGGUCCGGACGGCCACACUGACUCGUGGGCGUUCCCCCACGCCAGAGCUCUCGGAGUCUCCCAUCCUGGGGAAGAAGGCCGGGUCCCUGGCCUCUCUCUAUUCUCUGGGUCUAGACUUCCUGGACAUACCAGGAAACGAGAGGUGUGCAGACUGCUGCAACUUGAACCCAAAGUGGGCGUCCAUCAAUCUUGGGAUCAUGCUCUGCAUUGAGUGCUGUGGAAUACACAGAAAUAUGGGUGUCCACAUCUCAAAGAUUCGGUCCAUCACUCUUGACGAAUGGGAGCCCGAGAUUCAAAUGAUCAUGUGCCGACUAGGUAACAGUAAAGUGAAUGCAAUUCUGGAGUACGAGAUACCAGAACAUGUCAAGAAACCUUCACCCACCACUCCAAGGAGUGACACAGAGGCCUACAUCCGAGCCAAGUACGUCCUCAAUGCCUUCGUCCACCCCCACCCCGACUUUGCGAGGCCAGAGAUCCCACUCGAGCAGCCGCAACCGAGUCUCCAGCAGCUCCUCUCCUCCACCCGAGAGAGACUGAACGAUUCGCCGCGCUCCUCCCCUCGAUCCUCCCCCGCAGCUGCCAAACGGAUGAUCAGCCCGUCAGGGAUCAGGAUGCGGGCGACUAAACCAAAGUCUUACCGCCCGCUCUCCCAGUCCGUUAGUUCUGGUCCAGAAAUGCUGCAGUCUUUUGACUCGGACGAUGACCUCCUGCGAGAUUUCACUGCUUCCAACAACCCCAAUAGCAGUGGUGCCACGUCGAGCAUGGCCCUACUUGCCGAAAACUACCGGAAGCUGGAAAAAAGCGGGAAGCUGAAGAACUGGAACACUGCAAAGGUAAAACCGCCGCGCAACUAUAAGUCGUCCUUCACGCAGCUGAGCGGCAAGUUCAGCAAGAGCUACCAGGCACUAAACCGCCGGUUUCGCUCCGAUUCGACCAAAUCUGCAAAAUCGGCGGCGGAGCGUGACGCUCAUAGCGACAGCGAAGACCCCGAGUCGGCCAUCCUCUCCUAGAGACCAAGAGUGCUAGCAGCUACUUACCUCCUUCGAAACCUCCACGAACCUUCAAACAGAGAAAGCUAGACCUCACUGGGGAUGGAGACGCUGAGAGUGCUCUCAUCUACGCAGACGAUGAUUUCUCGGGCGACGUUCUUUCGGCCAUCAAAGAAAUGGGAGUCGUGGCCGUUCUCGGGAAGAAAGAGAGCAGCGAGAGAAUCGAACGAGAGGUUCUCAAAAUCGCUUCCGAACGGCGGAAUCCAGGUCCUUGGGUCAAACAGUGGCGAUUCCUCACCGCAGUCUUCUCCGACCUGUGACGGAGUGAGUCCCACACCUCCUCCUCUUCUCUCGCCUCGCACGGUGUCCCCACUCGCCAGCGAGCCCCCUGCACGAGCCUUCCCCCUCCCCCCAGCCCUGUCUCCGGUCCACGAAGGACUCACACAACAGCGCAAGGAGCCGCUUGUGCGAGAAGACUCUGUUUUUACCUCCGACAUCCCUGUCUCUCCUGCUUCCACCGUUGACUCUCAACAGACAACCGUUUUUGAGGAAUCGGUUGAAACACAAGAACUAAAGUCAAAACCGAGUACUACAAGUGGGUCCCAAGACGGACUCUACAGCAGAUAAAGGUAGUGUGGACCCCAGGGUCUCUGUGCAUACGGUCCCUAUAAUAGUGACCCAGGAAGAGAAAUCUGCCGCUGCUGGGACUAUUACCUCCGACGCAGCCUAUCCAUCAGCGGGGUAUGUGGCAUCGGAGAAACCGUUUGACAAUAACGCAGAUGAUGGAUUUACCGAGUUUCAGAGUGCUCCACUGGUAACACAUCAUCAGCGCGCAGAGUUGGUUCGUGCCGUCAGCGUGGACGACGGCUUACAGCAGGAGCAGAAGUCGUCCAACAAACGUGUUCCGCUCGGUCAAAUUGCUGUGAGCCUGUCCUUCGACGAGAGCAAGCGAAUGUCAAUGAUCUCUGUGGCCAGUGCCGACUACUACUCCAUGGACGAGGCGGGCGAAGAAGACGAAGAGGAAGACAAUAGCUCAAACUACUCUGCAGAGUUCCCAGAACUAGUGUGCACCGUGGAUUACAGCGCUCCGGUGGACCCAAACCCCACCGAAGAAGAGCAGCACAUCUUCUCCACUCCCCCCAGUUCUCCUCCGCUGUCCAUCGAAGAGCUAAAACGAGAGAAAGAGAGACGAGUGAGGGGUAGUAGCUCGUCUGAUCGUAGUACCAGCACCAGCCCUCGUCCCAAGUCCGCCAGUCCCCUGGGCCACCCGAGAAGGUCUGCGAUAGAAAACCUGUUCAGAAGGAGCUGCAGCCCGCGACCGAAAUCGGCCGGUACUACAAGCUCGUGCACUACGUCGUCGCGGGGUAGCGCGUAUGAGGAGGUGGGAGAGGGUACGCUUGUACGUCAUGGUCACUCUAGUGGCACUCCACAGGCUGGGAGCGCGUCUGACCCAAACACUUCUGAGAAUAAUCGAGAUGAAGACAAAACAACCAAAGUGGACACAAAGGACACACCAAAUAAUGAUUCUGAAGCCGUGGUAGCUGCAGAUAAUGCAAGUGUGGCCAGAGAGACGGAUUCAGCAGAAACACCCAAACCAACCCCGACAGUUGAGGCUACGGAGGAAGGAGGAGAAGAAGAAGAAGAAGAGCAGUUUGAUGAGUCCAACGAGAUGUUUGAAGAUGCCUCAGAGGACACCACGAGUCUGGAGGAAUCCUGCGAGAUGGCGGCCUCCUCAAGAAGCACUGUCUCUGUGGAGGACACGGAGAAGAAGAAGAAAGAGCCGCUGCGCAAGUCGCAGUCUGCCAACACGAGUCCAGAUAGUACUCUCAUCCACAAGAACACAUCGUCUUCCUCGCUCACCCGCAGUGCAACUGAUCUGGGGCUAAAGUCAAAGAUAAAAGUCCUCCCUGGAUUCCACACUCGCUCUCGAUCCACGACACUCAGUUUGGGAAGGGGGCCGCGUCGAAGCCUGGAGGAGGCCCCAAACCGCUCCAAAGACGAAGACUACUUCAUAAAGUUGAUACGAAAAACUGACCCAGAGGCUACCGCCGCUAAAGUGACUGCGUUUUCCGAUCAAGACUUUGCCGAUAUUCUGAGGAGCAGUCUGCGCGGGGGCAAGGUACCAAUAGUGCGGGUCGAGAGUGCAGAUGACAGGGACGACGCUAGUGCUAAGACGGCAAAUGAUGGUGGGAGGGAGGGAGAAGUGAAGGGAGAAGGAGGGAGUCAGAUUUAUCUGCAGGCGCCCCGUGACGACGAUGGAUCCCCUGAAACUGCCCCAGUGGUUCCUGAACCAGUGGAGGUCAUUAAAAUCCCUGAGGAUGUUCCUCCUAACAUGUAUCUGUACCAGGGUGUAUGUACAGAUGACCUGGCCGCCAUUCUGUGCGCCAAAGUCCACGGAGGUGACAUCAACUUUGUCAAUGUUGAUGAUGAGGGGAAAACCCCCAUGCUGAUUGCCAUAGAAAAGGUAUAUACAAUACAUAAUUAUGUCGUAAACUCUUACAAAUUGGACUCGUUUUUCAAGGGCAAAAGCGCAUCAUAUAGGCAC